AACGCAUCAUACCUACGCCGCCCACCAUUCCCCACAUGCACCAUCACAUGCACCGCCACAGGCACCGUCGCAGGCACCGUCACAGGCAGCUCGCGCCAUGAUCAACGCCGUCCUCGUCUUCAACAACGCCGGCCAGCCGCGCCUCACCAAGUUCUACACCCAGCUCGAGACCAGCGUGCAGCAGCGCCUAAUCUCCGAGAUCUUCACCCUCGUCGCCAACCGCCCCAACUCAGCGUGCAACUUCCUGCCCCUGCCACCCCUGCUCCAGCAGUCCUCCAAGUCCUCCACACCCAGCACCCCGCACAACGACACUCCCUCCCUCGUGACCUACCGCCACUAUGCGACCCUCUACUUCAUCGUCAUCUCCACCUCGACCGAAUCGCCGCUCGCCCUGCUCGACCUGAUCCAGGUCUUCGUGCAGGCGCUCGAUGGGCUGUUUGAGAACGUCUGCGAGCUCGAUCUCAUCUUCAACUUCGAGACCCUCCAUGCCGCCCUAGGCGAGAUGAUAGUCGGCGGUGUAGUGGUCGAGACCCAGCUCGAUAGGGUUGUCGAGGGCGUCAAGAGCCAGGGGAGGGUGGCUAAGAGGCCAGUCAAUGAGGGAAAGUUUGGGGGCGGUGGGGGGAUGGGAAUGGGGAGAGGUGGAGGACUGUGGGCGGGCCGGUGA